UAGUUAAUUUGGCAACACCGUCAUUCCUGAAAACGGAAAAACAAAUGAAAUUAAAACACCUGUGAUUGAUUCCUGUGAAAACAAAACACUCAAAACAAUUGUCAAUCGUGUAUAACUUUAUGUAAUCGUGUUCGAGACAACUCACGUUGAGUUGAUAAGCAUUUACUGUGAUUUUUUUUAUUUUUUAAGAACAAAAUGACACUUUCCAUUAUAAUUCUGCUGCUAAUAGCUGCUAGGUCCGUAGUGAUAACCAACCAACAAUCAGACUGGAUCGAUCCGCACGAUAUGAAUAACGGUAAAGACCUCUUCAGAGACAACACAGAAUUCCUGCGACCCACACAAGCCCAAUGUGAAACGAAACUGCCAUCGGACUGUCCACCGACGUUAUCUCUCUCACACUACAAGCGAUUGAUAAGCCUCAUUCUCAAUCUUGUCAAAUUGGACGAGGCCUCCUCGUACAGUGGACGUUUAACUCUUCGGCUUUCAACUGCCGACUACAAAUUUCUGCUGGGAUUCAUCAGGGAGAGCGGGGACGUUGAAAAUGUGGUAUUACUACGUAAAAUUGAGCAGGUCAUGAGUAGAGUGAUGACAAAGUCGAGAUGGGAGCACGCCGCCGACCUCUUGGUCACGUGGACCGAUUCUCUCUAUUUCAAUUUUUUUAAUCGUACCACCGCCAUAACCGCCACGUGCAUGCUGGUGCUCGUGAUUAGUUAUAAGCUGCUGAAGGCGAGCUUCACAAUUUGGCUGGUGAUGAAGUGCUUAAUACUGCUCGGGUGGAUUGUCGAUUUUGGCUUCAGAUGGAUGAGUCUUAUACAGGAUGCGGAGAUCAAUCAGAUGGCGGAUAUGAAGCGGUACGAGUCGGUACCUCCGUAUUGUGAUCCUAGCAAAAUGAACUGGUUCCAAUAUUUAACGUAUACGAUUAGUUCCGAUAGCGAGUGCCGGAGGUACCAUCACACUAUGCACAGAAAUGUGUUUUACGACGUUGCACCUCUUCAAGUGAUGUCGAAUCAGCUUGGUAUUAUCGUGUAUACACCCGCGAUUUACAUGGGGAAGGCAGUCGGGACUUUUGUGUCUGGAAUGUUAGACUCUUUGCCUUGGGGUGUCAACGUAAUCUUACUGCCAGUACUUCUACUAUUCACAUUAGUCUUAAUAUGUAUCAUCUUGUCAUUUUGUACAGAAACAUCGUUUGGACUUAACCUCGCGUAUUUAAUACAGUUCCAUUUUGGGAAUAGACAGCGAGAGGCGAUCGGCGAUAUGCUUUCCGGCAGAAAUCUGUCUGCUAUACUAAACAUUGCGCAAAGAAACAUGAUUGAGGAUGUUAGCCCUCAAACCGUAAACGACCAGAAAACUGAACCGUGUUCUUGCAGAGAUAGCACUGUUGGUGAGGUGGAGCCUAAGUCUCCAGAAACCAAACCAUCAGAGGCACUGCCUCCACUCAUGCCAGACGCAGCAGAAGGAGGCAACACGCAAUGCCAACCAAAAAUUAUUUUGUAACAGACAGGGUGGAUUUAAUCGAAAAAAAUUGUCUAUUGCAUAAAAAAUAAGGAUUCGGGUGAUCUCUCUGAUACUAUGCUACAAUAAACUAAAGACAGUAGCAUUUUUCUAUGCUCUCCA